AUGCUUGUACAGGUGGAAGUGUACGCCGCGGAUGGCUUCGAUACGCUCGAACAAUGCAUUCGAACACAAAUGAUGGAUUCUGGGAAUCACCCCCAACACCAGCAGCAAGAGCGAAUUCAAAAAGGCUUGGACUCGCUGUAUCAACACGCGCAACGGAACAUUUCGAAACAUUUUUCUCAGUUCAGCUCGAGAGCGUCGAGCAGAUGUUUUACGGUACCGCACGAGAUUGUGAAGUUACCGUCCGAUUUUAGCGAGAGAACGAUGCACACGGUGGAACAUUUACCGCAGUGUUCGGUGGAGGAGGAGAAAGCGUUGGACGAACGCUUGGAAAGCUUGAGAAGACGAAUCGCGAAAUCGAGAGCGGUGACGAUGAGGAGUAAAUCCGAGAUGAAAGGGUUGUCGAAGGAAAUCGAGAUGCACGGGGAAUUGACGAAGAAGUUAGGGGAAAUCCCGGAAGUGGCUUUGAGAGAGACGAACGAGAACGCGUGGGAAGGCGCCAAGGCGUGUCGAUCGGUGGUGGAGACGGCGAAGAGGUUACAGCCGUUGUUGCACCAAGCGGAGAGGAUCGCGGAGACUGGAGCUUUUCUGAGUAGCAACGACGCGAUGGCUAGUAACGAUGAGAGGAGAAGAGAUGCGGUGGAUGCAGCGCAAGAGGCGAUGAGAAGUUGUUUCGUGAAAGGCGGAAGCUUGGAGGCGCUUAGACUGAUCAACGCGAAGCUCUUGAAUGCGUCGUCAACGACGAUGAUGACGACGGAUACUCAAGAAACAGGGAACGAUGACGCGAUGCUGGUUUAA